CAAUGGUUGUGCACUAAAAGGUUUUGUAUUUGAAGCUCGUUUGGCUCCUGAAAGUCUUACAACUUAUGAGUAAGGAGGUGCGUUUUAAGGUGGUGGUGGUGAAGCAGUUGAUUAAUUAUGAGGGGUUUUUUUUAAGAUGCAAUCGGUGGUGGAAAAGGCCGAAGAAUCAACACUUUACAGUUUAAUUGGAGCAAUUUAAAUUCAUUUCCGAGGGGUCUGCAGGGUGCUGCGCAGAAAAGAAUACUGAAACAAUGUCAUCCAAAUUCUUGGUCUCAUUGCUAUCAUGUUUGAGAAAGGAGGAAAUAGAUACUCAUAGGUCGUCAUUCUUGGAUAAUGGAAGCAUAUUAUUAGAGGAUCUCAUUGCUUCUUGCAAUGGAAAAUCUAAUCCCAUUCGAAAUUACUCUGCUGAUGAACUCAUGAGGGCAACCAACAAUGUUGAUCCUUCUGGCGUGAUGCAACAAGAUUCAUCAUACAAAAUGUUCCAGGGUUUUCUUGACAACCGGUCAGUUAUCAUUAAAAAGUACUUCACUGUGCACUGGCUUGCUCCGGAGCAAACUAGGUCUAUGGCAAUUCGAGACAUUGUCAUUUCAAUACAGAUGAGCACCCACAAAAAUGUUUUGAAACUCUUGGGAUGUAGCUUAGAGUUCCCUAUACCAGCUCUGGUCUAUGAAUAUGCAGCGAAGGGAGUUCUCAACUUUGAAGGAGGUUAUGGGAAUCGAAUAAUGAGUCCCUACCAUGGAAAACUAGAUUGAGUAUUGCAAAGCAGCUUGCAAAUGCAAUUACAUAUUUACAUACUGCAUUUCCCAGGCCCAUUAUUCUCAGGGAUUUAAAACCCAACUGCUUUUUUUUAGACAAUGACUAUGUUCCUAAAAUCUGCAACUUCGCAACUUCCAUAACCAUUCCACCUAUGCAAUCACAUGUUUAUACUGAUAAUUUGAUAUAUACACUUGGGUAUCUUGACCCUACCUACUCGGCUAAUCAUCGCAUUUCAGAAAAAACUGAUGUGUAUACUUUUGGUAUUGUAUUAUUUGUAUUUA